GAGGGGAGGCUGACUGCCCCCGGGGCGGGGACUAGGUACAGAGAGGGCCGGGCUCUGACUCUCCCUCUGCAGAGAAGGCUGGGAGAGGCUGCGUCCAGCCUGUACCUCUCCUGGAGAAAAGGUGCCCGUUUUACAGAUCAGGGUAACUGAGUCCUGGGGUUAUGGCCAAAGGCCUCCCACAGAAAGUCUGGGGGCGGGGCAGCCUAGAGGGCGUGGCUGUCCGAUUGGAUUCCAUGCUGCUGCAGUAGAGGAUCUAGGCCCAGCCCCAGGACAUUGCCAGGAACUCACUUGGAGGGUCCAGAAGUCUUAGGUCAACACAAGCUGGUUAUGUUGGCUCAAGUUACCAGAGUUGUCCCCACUGAGAGGGGGUUAAGGGGACGCUCCUGCCUUUGCCACCCUGAGUCACUAACCCCCUCCCAGGACUACCCAGGACUGGAAAGGGGUGGGGUCAGAGUGAACACUGGCUGAGAUCAGUACAGAGGUCAGGCCUGCAGGCACCCCCUCCCCCAUCUAUUUUUAGUUCCAGCCUGGAAUGUGAGGGGGAGGGAGAGAGAGGGGGCCUUGGGGACUGGGCAUCUGGAUCUUGGCUCAAGCUUCUCCGCAGACACCAGACGGUGGUGAAGGGCCCCAGCGGGCUCCCUCCAGUGGAUCGGCUGUUGCAGUUCCUGGUGGACAGCUCAGGGGAUGGCAUGGAGGUGGUGCACUGUGCCAACUGCGACCUGGAGUGCGGAUGCUGAGACCACGUACUUCUGCAACACGUGUGGGCAGCCGUUGUGCGCACGCUGCCGCGAUGAGACGCACCGGGCACGCAUGUUCGCGAGCCACGACAUCGUGGCCUUGGGCCAGCGCAGCCGCGACGUGCUCCAGAAGUGCACGCUGCACACUGAGCCCUACAUCAUGUUCUCCACGGACACGAAGUCGCUGCUGUGUAUCCGCUGCUUCCGGGACAUGCAAGGGGAGAGCCGGGCGCACUGCGUGGACCUCGAGUCGGCGUAUGUGCAGGGUUGCGAGCGGCUGCAGCAGGCGGUGCUGGCGGUGAAGGCCCUGCAGACGUCCACGCGGGAGGCCAUCGCGCUGCUGCAGGCCAUGGUGGAGGACGUGCGACGCAGCGCGUCUGAUGAGGAGGCUGCCAUCCAUGCCCUCUUUGGCAGCAUGCAGGACACGCUGGCCGAGAGGAAAGCGCUGCUGCUGCAGGCUGUGCAGAGCCAGUAUGAAGAAAAGGACAAGGCCUUCAAGGAGCAGCUCUCCCAUUUGGCCACUCUGCUGCCCACCCUGCAGGUUCACCUGGUCAUCUGCUCGUCCUUCCUCAGCCUGGCCAGCAAGGCCGAGUUCCUGGAUCUGGGCUAUGAGCUGAUGGAGCGGCUACAGGGCAUUGUCACGCGGCCACAGCGUCUUCGGCCCGCCCAGAGCAGCAAGAUCGUCAGCGACCACCGCGCCGAGUUCGCGCGCUGCCUGGAGCCGCUGCUGCUGCUGGGGCCUCGCCGGGCCGCGGGUGCCGGGGGCGGCGCCAGCACGCUGGCAGGGGGCCCAGGCCCCAAGGUGCUGAUGGGGCCCAGCUGCCCUUCCCCGGUGGGAAGGAUGUUGGGGUCACCGGUCCAAAGGCCAGCGCUACGCCGGUACGUGAGCACCAAGAUGCUGCUGGCAGAGGGCGACGACUCAGCCUUCGCGGAGCACUGCCGCCGCCACGAGGACUCCUACCGGCGCCUGCAGGUGGAGAUGCAGAACCUGAAGGACCAGGUCCAGGAGCUGCAUCGGGACCUCACCAAGCACCACUCGCUCAUCAAGGCCGAGAUCAUGGGUGACAUCCUGCACAAGUCCCUGCGGGUGGAUGCCCAGAUCGCCUCGGAGUAUGCUGCUCUGGAGGGCCUGCGAGCAGUUUUCCAGGAGAUUUGGGAGGAAGCCUACCAGCGAGUGGCUCAUCAGCAGGAGAUUUAUGAAGCCCAGCUCCAGGACCUUCUCCAGCUGAAGCAGGAGAACGCCUACCUGACCACCAUCACCAAGCAGAUCAUGCCCUACGUCCGCUCCAUUGCCAAGGUGAAGGAGCGGCUGGAGCCCAGGUUUCAGGCACCUGUGGACGAACCGUCAGACCAUCUACAGAACACGUAUGAUGACAGCGGGACUAGUGAGGUUCAGACCAGGAAUGAUUCAAUAAGCAUCUCGGAAAAGAAGGAGAAGACCUCAGAGCCUCGAGGAAACGGCCGGACCCUGAGCAGCCUCACAGAGGAGCCUCCACAGAAAAAUAAAGAUUCUCACAGACCCAAACCGAAACCUGGGGGUGAUGCCCCCACACGGAGAGAGCGCCCAGCUUAGCAACCGGGACUGGCCCCCGGGGUUGAGCAUUUUACAAAGGGUGGGACAUCUAAGAUAAGGCGUACCUGUCAUAAUCUUUUUUCUUUUUAAGGCCACACCCGCGGCAUAUGAAAAUUCCCCAGCAAGGAGUUGAAUUGGGGCUGCAGCUGCCAGCCUACACACAGCCACAGCCACUCGAGAUCUGAGCUGCAUCUGUGACCUAUACUGCAGCUCGCAGCAACAUCAGAUCCUUAACCCACUGAGCAGGGCCAGGGAUGGAACCCGCAUGGACACUGUGGUGGGACCUUAACCUGCUGAGCAACAAUAGGAACUGAUUUUUUUUUUUAAAGUGUAAUCAUUUAUCAGCAGCAAACCCAGAAAGUCCCUGCCAAGCCCUAAUUUCAGAGUCUUUGGCUUGGGCUAGACUCUGGGUUGCUUAAAGUCUUGGUUAAAUGAACAAAUGAACAUCAGCCCCAAGGCCCUCAGUGCCCCUGCGUCUCCCAUGUGCUGGCCCUGUGAGCUCCCCCCUGGGUGCAUCCAUCUGAAUGAUAGAUAACAAGUCUUGCCUGCUAGCCACCUGCCCUGCCUCAGAGGAAUCCAGCUCCUGAUUCACAGCCCAGCUGGGUGCGCCUGGAAACUUCCACCCGCUAAUCUGAGCACUGACUCAACAAAAGGGAAAAACCUUUGCUCCAGCUUUUCUCCCUUUAGAGCCCAGGCUAAGCUCAUAAAGCAAAGGAGCAGCACCUGGAAGCAGGGGACAGCCGCCGUCACCUCUCCUCCAUUCUUUUUCCGACUGCUGUCACUCUCCCGUGUUUGCCUUCCAAUACUAUUAAAGCACGAUUCACCAGCGA